AUGGCUUCAGAUAGGGCUAGGAAGCUUAUCAGUUUAGCUCUUAAUACAGAACAACAUGGCGAUUCUCUUACUACGCGUCAAGAAAUAUUGCUUAAUAAGGGAAAUACCAUUAUUAACAAUAAUUUUGAUCCUGAUCAGAAUAGUAGAUACACGAAUACAUUAAACAAUGUUAUCAAUAUGAUGGACAAUCCUACUGAAUCUAGUUUAAAUGUACCGUUGGAAGAUUACAUUGAACAUUACUCGCUAGUAGAAAAUGCACAGAUUGAAAUAGUUGAUGUUCCUGAUUUUUUUACUACAUUUGACGUACCUAGUGAAAAUGCAAACAUAAUUAGCAAUACACAUUCUUUAAAAAUUUGUGAUACUGUUAGGGUUUACGAUCCAUCGAUGCGAGAAAAUUUUAAUGAUACUUAUAUAGAAAACUGCGAUUUAAUAUCCAAUUGUAGUGAUAAUUUUGGCGAUCCUAAAUUAGUUCCAUACUCAUCAAGUUCAGAAAACGAUAGCGAUACCUCCUUGCUUGAGAAGAGUAAAUUCAGAAAAAGACGAACUCAAGUAAAUAAAAAUACCUGGUUUGCAGAAAAAAAUAAAAAAUUGCGCGAAAAAGGCUCUCAAUAUUAUGGCAAAAUUAAAAAAAAUUCUAAAUGGGUCUAUGAAAGUUUAAGAGAACCAAAGCGUUUAAAAGACAGAUGCAAAUGUAGCAGAAAAACGGGCAUAAUCAAGUGUGGCAUUAUAAAAGAUGAAGAAAGAAUGAAACUAUUCAACCAAUUUUGGAAAAUAUAUACAUGGGGAGAGAAGAAAAUAUUUGUUAAUGGUACUGUUCAAUCAGCUCCAACAAAACGUCAUAGGGAUCGAAAACUGUCUGAUAGUUCUCGACGAGCUCAGUCAUUCAAGUAUAAUUUAAAAACAGCUGAUGGUAGUUAUGUAAGAGUUUGCAAAACUAUGUAUUUAAAUACUUUGGGCAUUGGAAGAAUGACUGUUAUUGCUUGGAAAGAUAGAAUUAAAGAUAAUACUUGCAUUCCUAGUCAACUUAGAGUUAACAGAGAUAGAGUUAACCCUUUUGUAAACAGGCAAAAAUCAAUGACCGAUUUUUUCGACUCUCUACCAACAAUGGAAUCUCAUUACUGUCGGGCUUCAUCUUCCAAAAAAUAUCUGCAAACUGAUUGGAAAACAAAAAUGGAUUUAUAUAAGUUUUACGUGCUGACUGGUGAUCUGACUGGUGCAAAUCGCACCUCAUACAACCGCUAUCUAAAACUACUUUCUGCUGGGACAAUGGAAGAACAUGAUUAUCAAUUACAUGUAUUGAAAAAAGAAGAAGCUAGGAAAGAAAAACAAACAGAUAAAGCGAAUAAUAGUCUUGUAUUCACAGUAGAUCUUCAAGCAGUUUUAAUGGCACCUAAGUCAAAUGUCAGCACAUUGUACUACAAAACAAAGCUUCAAGUGCAUAAUCUGUGCUUUUAUAAUAAUAUCAGCAAAGAUGGCUAUUGUUUUGUAUGGAAUGAAACGGAAGGGGGGCUUAAUGCAGAUGAGUUUGCUUCUAUUUGGACAUAUUUUAUUGAGAAAAAGAUUCUACCUAAAGUGGAAAACAAAACAGAUAUACGUAUUAUUAUUUAUUCGGAUGGCUGUGGUUAUCAAAAUCGCAAUGUGACUAUGUCAAAUGCGCUAUUAAAUAUGGCAGUUAAAAACGAAAUAACCAUCGAGCAGAAAUAUUUAGAAGUCGGCCAUACACAAAUGGAAGUGGAUGCUAUGCAUUCUUUAAUAGAACGGAGAAUGCGUAAUAGAAUCAUAAAUGUUCCUGCGCACUAUGUUCAAAUUAUUGAGUCUGCGCGCACUAAUCCAUUUGAUGUCAAGUAUUUGGAACAUACUUUUUUCAAAGAUUUCCGUAAUAUUUCGAGCUACAAAAGCAUUCGCCCUGGACGAUCAUCGGGAGACCCUAAAGUCACCGAUAUUCGCGCACUCAUGUAUUCUUCAUCAGGAGAAAUUUCAUAUAAGUUGCGGUUUGAAGAGCCAUGGAUGCUGCUGCCCCAAAGAAAAAGCCCUUUUUCAGCAAAAAGUUUUGAGGAAAUGCAAAAUUUGCACCAAACUAGACUGAAAAUUAAAGCUCGAAAAUAUGAUGACCUUCAACAAAUUAAAGAAGUCCUGCCAGCAGAUUUCAGAGAAUUUUACAACAAUUUACCGUAUGAUUAA